CGUUGACGUCAGUGUUCGGAGGCUUUAGCUCGAGCGCUUUAUGUAACUGACACGCUAUAAAAACACAGAAGCUAAAAACAUGUUAGCUAGCUACAAACAAACAAACAAACAGACAAACAAACAAACAAACAAAGCUAUCGAUUAGAGUUCGAUUUAAUCAUUUGAAGCCGGAAGAUGAGCUUUAUUAUCGCCGCUGUUAGAUUAGUUAGCUAACUACUGUUAAAUUAGCGGAUUGCGUUUUGUUAUUUUGCAUUUUACACAUUUUUUCCCAUUAGUUUAAUUAAAUCUGUGUGUUCGGAGCGACACGACCAGAGGAACAGCAGCAUGCUGGAGGAGAGAAACUCUCAGGACAUUCAGUACUUUCACAGGACGACCUGACUGACAUUCCUGCUCAACGUGAAGUUAAAUUUUACCAAAGAGAUUUAAACUGAAUGUACCAACAGACAGAUAUAUUUUAUUAUUGAAACGAUCAUGGCUGCUGCUCUGUUCAGAGGAGGAUCAGGAUUAUGUGUCAGAUGUAUUCACAGAGAGUUGUGCAGAGUGGUAUGGAGGCCACAAGCUGCUCUGUUCAGCUCCAAACCGUCAGACAGAAAACAACCACGCAGAACACACAUCAAGAAAGCCAAGCCUCAGCCAGCGAUCGAUAUCGCCAAACUCCUGGAGCAGCUCUUCUCCCAGCAAAGGCCGAGUGCAGCGCCUCCUGCUGGUAAAGCUCGACCUGUCAAAGCGACUCCCAUGGCUCCCAAACCUCCCUCCACCUCAAAUGUUCCUCCUUUGUCAAAGACAGAGCCUGCAGCGUCUGUCUUUGCUGCUGCUUCUAGUUCUGCAUCUACAUUUAACGCUGCAUCAGCGUCUCCAGUAAACCCAAAGACUUCAUAUUCCUCAGAAACGCCUCAGCAGUCUCCUCUUGAUUCUGCUGAUGGUGUUUCCAAUGUGACUGUUCCUCCAACCAGCACGAAACUUGCAUCAACGGGACCACAAGCAGUAGAAACAAUAGAAACCAGCAUAGAAACUGCAACAGCACAGCCUUUAUCAGCUGCUACAGUAGAACCCUCAGUAGAAACAACAACAGAAUCACCAGUAGAGCCUUUAAUAUCUCCUGUGGAAACACUUAAGGAUGGAGCUGCUGCUGUUGAAGGUCUAGUAGAGCCAAUAGUCGAAGAAGUACAGACCAAAGGCACUGAUGUUGGAGUGGCUGCUGCCAGAGAAGAAUCCUUAAUAGAAACUACAAUAGAAUCACCAGUAGGAACAAUAGAAACUACAGCUGCUGUUGCUGAGGGUCCAGUAGAGCCGGCAGUAGAUGUCUCAGUUGAUAUCGCAGCUGAAACCAAAAGCUCAGGAGUGGUUGCUGCUAAAGAAGAACCCUUGAUAGAAACUACAAUAGAAACACCAGUGGAAGCCAACACCUCUCCUCUGGAAACACUUCAGAGUAGAGCUGCUGUUGCUGAUUUCACAGUAGAGUCAACAGUCGAUACAACAAUAGAUACACCUGCUCAAGUGGUAGAGACCUACAACACAGACUCAGGGCCUGUAAAAGUAGAACCAUUAGAGGAAACUGCAGUAGAACCACCAGUGCAAACACUAGAGAACAGAGAUGCCAUUGCUGGAGGUUCAGUAGAAACUACAAUAGAAACCAAAGCAGAUGAGGCAGCGCAAAUGAAAGAAACCACCACCACAGACUCAGGUCCUGUUAACCUGUCACACACUGUUGAAGAAGAAACCUUAAUAGAAACUACAAUAGAACCAUCAAUAGAAGCCAGCAUGUCUCCUCUGGCAUCACUAGAGAACAGAGAUGCUGUAGCUGAAGGCUCAGUAGAAACUACAGUAGAAACGAAGGCUGAUACAACAGUUCAAGAAGUAGAAACCAACAGCUCAGACUCAGGAGUGAUUAACAUUUCAACCAGCGUCAUAGAAGAACCUUUAAUAGAAACUAAAAUAGAAUCAGAAACAGUAGAAGCCAGCACCUCUCCUCUAGAGAGUAGAACUGAUGUUCAUGAAUCAGCCAACAGCCUCUCACACGCUGCCUUAAUCCAAAAUGUACAAGAAAACGAAGCAGAAUCCACAGGAAGCCUCCCGGUGGAGGAGGGAGUGAACGUGUCUGAGAAAAUGACUUUAGAGUUCAUAACGCUCCACGGAGUUGAGGUUCAGGUAGGAUCACUAAAGGCUGAUGAGCUCCUCCAAACAAAAUCCUCUCUCGAUGAACAAAUAGAGAAACAACUCCAGGAGCUGUUAGUCCAGUCGGAGCCCAGAGCUGAACACAAAGCUGCAGCUGAAACUGAGAAUUCAAGCGAGGAGGAGAGUGACAUUUUAACUAAAGCUCUCUCAAACUGGGACUCGCUGUCAGAAGAUCUUCAAGAGCUCGAAGGAGAAAGUGGCAUGUUAGUGAAUGACCUUCUCCUUGAUGUUACUGCAGUGCUUUCCAAAACUCCUGCCGUGGUUGAAACACAUCGAGAUUCAGAAGAGUCUUUGCAGAUGGAGGAGAAGGGAGGUGAAGAAGAAGCCAUGACGCUUGAAUCCGUAACUUUAUCAGACGUGAAGGCUGAAGUUGAAGGUCUUGAGUCUGAAGUUCUGCUAGAAACAAGGAACGCACUUGAUAAAGAGGCUGCGGUACUGGUGAAGGAAGAGAAGGUGGAGGUUGAAAUGACAGCAGAAGACGUUGCUUUACUUGAGGACGCAACAGAAGCUGAACUUUUAGCGGUAGAUUCUAUCUCUGAAGCCACAGAUGCAAUAGAAGCUGAGACAUCUGUUUUGCUGGAGGCCAUGUUCGGGUCUGAGCAAGGACCGAGGCAGCCACUCGACACUUUACCAGUGAAGCAACAGGGUGAAGUGAUCGAUCAGGAAGCAGAAAAGGAGUCUGCAGAGCAGGACGGGAGUGUGUUGGAGGCCAUGACUCUUGAGUCUGUGACUCUGGCUGAAGUCGAGGCCUCCCUGGGAUCUCUGGAGAACGAGUCUCUGAGUGAAGCUACAGAUUAUCUGGAGAAAGAAGCUGAAAUUCUCGCUGGAGAGACGAGGACGGCAGUAGAGGUAGAAGAUGAAGUCAUGUCUGAAGAGAAGGCUGAGGAACUGAAGAUCGAGUCUCUGUCUCUACCUGAAGAUGACGCUCUGUCUGAACUGCAGACACAUGCACUGAUGGAGGAGCUGCUCUUUUCAGUUCCUGCACACAUGAUGAGGGAAAGAGAAGUUCCGAGUGGUCAGGAGGCAAAUGUUUCGAAUGCAGCUGUUGCCACUGGGUCAGUCGACGAUGAUUCAGCAGCUGCACUGACAGGUGAUUUCACAGAGUCUCCUGCUCUGGAGGAGGUGCAGCUGGAACAGGAAGUGGAGGAGGAAGGAGCACAGACUGAAACAUUGGGGAAUGAAUACGAUUUAGAUCCAGUACAAAGACUCUUCCUGGAGAAGAUCCGAGAAUACAACAACAUGAGAGGGAUAAACAGAGAACCUUUGGAGGCGGAGCCAGAUUACGAAAAACACCUGUCACAGGAAACCGCAAAGCUCCAGAGACUUUAUGGAGGAGGAGAUCUUAGCAGCUUCCCUGAGUUCACCUUUACUGAGCCUGAAAUGGACCAGGACUCCAAAUGAUCCAUGACGCCUGCCUCCUCCUCUUAGCGCCGUUCGUUAACCUCUUCUCCUCAGGCCUGUCCUCUCUGACUUCCUCCUCCAUUACCUCCUCAUUUUCAUUUUGCUACAUGGAAGAGCAGAGAGAGGAAGAGAAGAAGAAGCAUCAUAGGAAGUUUGAUUGGGUGACCUGCCAUUAAAAUAAGGGAAUUGUAUCUCAGGUUGUUUGUUUGUACUGUGCAAUAAUGACAGCAACACAUUAAUUGUAUUAAAGCAGCACUUUAAAAAGAGUCAA